UCCUUUACCCACCCUCUACCGUCUAUACUUAAGUAUCCACACUCCCCGUACAUUUCAACUCGUCGUCUUUUUAAAUUCUUUAAAUCAUUAAACGCCUUUCGAACAUCGAGAAUACACGAGUAAUAUCUCUCUCUUCCUACCGAACACAAAGAAUUCAGCUACAAAGCAUCUAAUAUCUACACUGCGAUCAUUUUAUCGACGAGAAACCUAUUAGUCUUAAUAUCGUCAACCUUGAGCAGAGCCUCGUUAGUUAUAUAUAUUAUAGAAGUAUAUAUAUACACACAAAUAUACCGUCACACCGUAAUAUACACACAAAUACAAAUAUAAACACAAUGGCAACCGCCAUAUACACAACCCAGCCUGGUGCUCAGUACGGAUACCCACAACCGCCUCCCUCACCCCCAAUGGACGAAAACUCGAAAUGUUCUUUGCCCUCCAUCUCCAACUUGUUAGUAAUGGCAGACGCUGGAUCGCCGACCACAGAACAAUCGCCUCAGUCUCAGCAAGCACCAUCGGUGAAGGCAGAGACGCGACCAAACUCGUCUCACUGUGCGGGUAACGGAUACUCUCGAGCCACUUUGCCUCCUACGCCUCCUAUGAGCUCAGAUGCUUCUUUCGAAGGCUACAACUCGCCUUCUACGAGAUCAGUCUCGGUUGUGUCAGGACCCAAUUACUAUUACGAGACUACUCCACCCUUGGAAGACGUUCACCGCCAGCAAAUGGCGGCGGCUGCACCUCGCAUGGCCGUCCAAGCUUCAGCAUACUCGCAACCCACUUUUGCAGCACCGUACCUGGGCCAAACGCCAAUGCCACCUUACUACCCUGCUACCCUACCUGGGACUCAGUCGGCGCAGCCGCAGAUCUCUGGGCUAUACUACCAACGACCGUUACCACAGGCGUUCCCUCCCCUGCCAGUAACAGUUUCUCUGGCGGCCGCUCCGGGCACUAACCCAUGGCAGCAUCACCACUACAUAUCUCCCUCUUCCGCAGCCUCCUUCCCGCAGUCACAAGACCGUUACAUAUGCCAGACGUGCAACAAGGCGUUCUCGAGACCAAGCUCUCUACGAAUCCACAGCCACUCGCACACGGGGGAGAAGCCAUUCAAGUGCCCCCACGCGGGCUGUGGCAAGGCAUUCAGUGUACGGAGCAACAUGAAGAGACACGAGCGCGGGUGCCACGAUGGUGGUAACGCACCAUCGCAUCACCAUUAGAAAGAGUGAAAAGAAAGAAGAAAAGAAAAGAAAAACCAUCACCACCACUACCAUCCCAACCAAUCCUAGGAUUCCGAUAAUGCUUUAAAGACGGUCGACCCCGUCGUUUUAUUUUUUAUUGUUUAUUUCCUAAUACGACCUGAGGUCCACCACC